UUCUACAUUACCAACGGGUAUUGUACUCAUGCGCACAUACACGAUUCAAAAAUUAUACUUUAACUAUUUACGAUGCGUUUAUAAUACUUGGUUUAAAAGUAGCUCUCGAUUGACAGUAUAGUAUAACGCGAGACAAUUUGUGUAGAAGCGUCCAUGUGUUGUUACUUGUGCAAUUAAUUGUAUGGAGAGAAAUAUCGUUUGUACAUUUACGAAUCAUUCGUUUGUAACAUAACCUCAAUAAGGUUAUAUUAUUUUAACAAAUAUACGUAUACGUAUAAUAAUAUAGGAAACAUCAAGGCACGUGUGGAACUGUCGUAAAAGGGAGACAGCUAGAUCUUAUCAGAAUGGUAAAGAUAGCAUUUCAGAUAAAAGCUACGUUAGAAAAUAUAGAGGAACUGAAGCCAUCGGGAACAGAAUUUAGAUGGUACCUCAAAUUUACUUGCUGCAAUUGUGGCGAAGUAUCAGAAAAAUGGAAUUAUGUAUCUUUGAGCGAGUCCAUUCCAAGUCAAAGAGGAAACUCAGUGAAUCACUUUGCGAGCAAAUGCAAACUUUGUUCUCGCGAAAAUUCCAUGAGCAUCUUGGAGGAUUCCAUCAAAUCGUUUCUCGCGAACGAUCAGGAGAAAUUCCAAACGAUAGCGAUAUUCGAUUGUCGGGGCCUCGAACCUAGUGAUUUCUCAGCAAGAGAAGGAUGGACUGCCAAAGCCGUAAACGAUGGAAAAGUAUUUACAGAUAUAGAUUUAAGCGAAGGAGAGUGGGCUGAUUAUUGCGACAAGAUCAAAGAACCUGUUGGAAUUUAUGAAAUAGAACACAGAUUUGAAAGAAUGAAAUAAUAAGUUUUACGUGCUUGUUGUUACUGCAAUCGAUUCACACAUAAUGGGAUACUCUACGAAAAGUAGAAAUACUUUGAAUUCAAUAUAAAUUUUACAAAA